UUACAGUAAAAGUCAAACCUCCCAUGACUGGAAACUCUUACUGAGAAAGGAAAGCCACCGGAAGCAGCGUGUUCUUCAGCCCACUAGGGUGCAGCGUCUGUCUGCGUUCAUUUCUAACUUUCACCACAUCCUGUAGGAAAACUUUGUGUUUCCUCCCAUGGCUGCUGCUCCGUAGCUGCAUGUGGUGUCCAGUGCUUCAGUUUGCUCUCAGAAUGCUUCCCCUGUCUAAACCCAGGCCUGCCGGCGGGCUGUGGCUGCUCUGCCUCUUCAUCCUGCCUGUUUCGGGGCAGAAUGUGUUCGAGAGCCGCUCCGGGCUGAUCCAGGAGCUCCGGGCGUCCCUGGCUGAGCUGGCCGGGAAGGGGAGGUCGUACCUGGGCAGGCUGGUCGGGGAGCAGACGGUGGUGUCGGUGCAGAAGGCUUUCUCUCAGGUUCUGGGUGUCGUUGCAGAAGGUCUGGCUGAAGGUCUGAAUGUUCUACUACAGUACACCUCACACUUCCUGCAGGCAGCUGGAAUCCAAGUUAGCAGUCCCGUCCACAAGGUGACACCAGAGGGGCUGAUCUUUGUGGCCCAGUGGGUCCUCAUGGCUCUCAUUGGCUACUGGCUGAUCUCCCUCGGCUUGCAGUUGGUCGCCUCCACUCUGAGGCGGACCCUGUGGCUGCUGAAGGUGGCCGUGGCUCUGGCCUGCUUUGGGCUGAUCCUGAGCGACCACCGGGUGGGAACAGAGACCAUGGCGGUGCGUCUGGCCGUCCUGGUGUGCGUCUGUGUGGUUUUAGGCGUAGGGACUUCAAGAACUUCUAGUGCAGCCGAUAAAACGGCUCGUCUGGAGGAGCAGAUAAAGAUCCUGGAGAGACGGCUGAGAAACAUGGAGAGGUGGACGAGGACAGAAGAGUGAGGAAGUGAGAUGUUGGAUGGUUGUGACACGUCGUCUCUAGAUGAAGAUGAUGAUGCACUUAUUUCUCUGUACCUUCAGGGGACUAAAGCUUUUAUAAUUGGGAUCUUUUCUAUAAUGUCUUCAAAGCUGAUGCCUUACUGAUGUUUUUUAACUCCUGUAAUAUAAUAUUUAGAUCACAUUUGGACAGGAUUAGCAUGAAUGAGUUCAUGGGAUGCAGCUUUCAUGAUGCCUGUCCUUUCUUUCAGUUUUCUACUUUAUGUCAGUGUUGACAUCUUUCUAUCAGGUUUUCCUCCAUUUUCACUCUAAAGCUGCUUUGGAACGGACUUCAAUUAUAAGAAUAAUUUAGUGCUCAACAGGAGCUCAGUUCAGCUGUAGUUUUUACUGAGUGAAAAUGACUCCAGACUAAAUAGAAAUCCGGACCACAGAGGUGGAGUUAAAAUCAGCAGCCGCCCUACAGACACGUUCCAGUGGCUAGAAUCAUUCCUGCCAGCAGUCAUUUGUCAUAUAUGUUGUGAUUACAGUUUUUUACAGUUUGUUGCCAGUAUUUUAACCAUCCUUUCACUGAAAAAUAAAACUCUUAUACCACUCUUUCAA